AUGCAAACAUUUUCAAAAGAAAUACCUUUUUUGGCUUGCCAUGGUAUUAACUAUUUGUUAAUAUCUGGAACGGCAUUCAGGUACAAAUUUGAUGACGAGAGGGUUACAAAAGAAGAUAAUAAAAGAGCAUUAGAGGAGCAAUAUGGUGGUGAGGAAGAGUUACCACAGGCAAAUCCUGGAUUCAAUAACACUCCUUUUAAGUUCACCAAAUACUCAAAUGCUUAUAUGCUGGUGUAUAUACGUGAAAGUGACAAGGAUAAAAUCAUAUGCAAUGUGGAUGAGAAAGACAUUGCCGCACAUUUAAGGGUGGCACGUGAUGAAGAUCUUAAAGGGCAGAUUGGAAAGGCUAUUUACUUCGAUCUUGUAGACCAUGACAAAGUUAGAAGUUUCCGAGUCCAAAAGCAAACAUCUUUUAACCUUUUCAAGGAAGAGGUUGCAAAAGAAUUUAAUGUACCAGUUCAAUUUCAGCGCUAUUGGCUAUGGGCAAAGCGACAAAACCAUACCUAUCGUCCUAAUAGGCCAUUGACACCUAUUGAGGAAGCACAAUCUGUUGGACAAUUGAGAGAAGUAUCAAACAAGGUUCACAAUGCAGAAUUAAAAUUGUUUUUAGAAGUGGAGAUGGGGAUGGAUUCUCGUCCGAUUGCACCACCUGAGAAAACCAAGGACGAUAUAUUACUUUUUUUCAAGCUAUAUGAUCCUGAAAAAGAGGAGCUGCGUUACGUUGGAAGUCUCUUUGUGAAGUGUACUGGCAAGCCAUUGGAAAUCUUAACGAGGUUAAAUGAAAUGGCUGGUUAUGACCCUGAAGAAGAUAUUGCACUUUAUGAGGUUGGUUUGUAUUGA